UGGAGGUGAACUGUUUGAAGACAUAGCGGAAAGAAAAUACUACAGUGAAGCUGAUGCACUCACUGUAUACAGCAGAUUCUAGAAAGUGUAAAUCAUUGUCACGUAAAUGGCAUAGUUCACAGGGACCUGAAAUCAUUGUAUUCAGCAGAUCCUGGAGGCUGUGCUACACUGCCAUCAGAUUGGCAUGGUCCAUCAGGACCUGAAGCCUGAGAAUUUGCUCUUAGCUAGCAAAUCCAAGGGAGCAGCUAUGAAAUUGGCAGACUUUGGCUUAGCCACAGAAGUUCAAGGUGACCAGCAGCCGUGGUUUGGUUUUGCUGGCACAUCUGGAUAUCUUUCUCCAGAAGUUUUACAUAAAGACCCUUCUGGAAAACCAGUGGAUAUGUGGGCCUGUGGUGUCAUUCUCUAUAUUCUACUGGUGGAGUGUCCACCCUUCCGGGAUGAAAAUCAACACAGACUCUAUCAGCAGAUCAAGGCUGGAGCUUAUGCUUUUCCAUCACUGGAAUGGAAUAUGGUGAUUCCUAAAGCCAAAGACCUCAUCAAUAAAAUGCUUACUAUCAACCCUGCCAAACGUAUCACAGCCUCAGAGGCACUCAAACACCCAUGGAUCUGUCAGCAUUCUACUGUUGCUUCCAUGAUGCACAGACAGGAGUCUAUAGGCUGCUUUAAGAAAUUUAACGCUAGAAGAAAACUAAAGGGUCCCAUCUUGGCAACUAUGGUGGCUACAAGGAAUUUCUCAGCAGCCAAGAGUUUGUUGAAGAAACCAAAUGGAGUAAAGGAGUCAACUGAGAGUUCAAAGACAACAAUUGAGGAUGAAGAUGUGAAAGCACGAAAGCAAGAGAUUACCAAAGUCACUGAACAACUGAUCGAAGCUAUCAACAACGGAGACUUUGAAGCCUACAGAAAAGACUGUGACCCACGCCUUACCGCUUUUGAACCUGAAGCUUUGGGUAAGUUAGUGGAAGGGAUGGAUUUUCACCAGUUCUACUUUGAAAAUGCUUUACCCCAAAGCAAUAAACCAAUCCACACUAUUAUUCUAAACCCUCACGUACAUCUGGUAAGGGAUGAUGCUGCCCGCACAGCACUGCACACACAGUACAUGGAUGGCAGUGGAUUGCCAAAGACAAUGUAG